AUGAACGCCAAAAUAUACAAAAAUAACAUUGCAACCAGUGCAACCAUAUAUCCGAGAGAGGGAAGUAGCGAAAAAAAAGGCGAGUGUACCGACCAUGCAGGCAAAGACCAGAUAAAUCUAUGGAGAGACUUCGCAAAGGACUGCCUCACUAUAAUCAAAGGUUGCGCGGUGUUUGCGUUCCUACGCGCCCACAAUUUGACCCAUUCCCAGCAUCACCAGGCGGCCUCCACGCUCGGCCAGUUCUGGGGUCACUAUGUGACGGAGGGACUUCUGCUCAGCGAGCCCGGAGAGGAUGGAACGGAUGAGCCUGGCGUUGUGCUAGCUGUGGCGGAAGAUGUUCCGCUAGCGCUCGAGGGAUUAGAAGCUGCUACUGCUGCUGAUGGAUUGCAGUGA